AUGGUCGGAGCUCAAAUCUUCUCUGAAGGUGGCUUGGACUACCUAAGCAACCCCAACCUUGUCCAUGCUCAAAGCAUUCUCGCCGUCCUCGGGUUCCAGGCCGUCCUCAUGGGGCUCGUCGAAGGUUUCCGUAUCAACGGUCUCCCUGGUGCUGGAGAAGGCAACGACCUUUACCCCUGCAGCCAAUACUUCGACCCUCUUGGCCUUGCUGAUGACCCUGUCACGUUUACUGAACUUAAAGAAAUCAAGAAUGGUAGGCUGGCCAUGUUCUCUAUGUUUGGUUUCUUCGUCCAUGCCAUUGUCACUGGAAAAGGUCCCCUGGAAAACCUCUUGGACCACCUUGGCAGCCCUGUUGCCUACAAUGCUUGGGUCUAUGCUACCAAGUUUGUACCCGGAUCCUAA